GCGUGUAUAAAUAAUGUCUGGAUUGGGAAGAUUAAUGUACCAGGAAACAGAACAUGGCCAACACAUCACUCUCACCAAUCCUUGUGAUUCUCUUCUGGGGUUUUACUCUUGCAACUGGGAGAAAACUCUCACCACUCAGCACCACUCCUGCAACAUUGUCAUCACCCUCCUCCACUGAUGGUAUUUGCUCAUCUAUGGUGAGGACAAAAGGCUAUACCUGCGAAGAACACUUGGUGACAACACAAGAUGGUUAUGUUCUUAACAUGCCAAGAAUUAGAGUGGGAGAAUUAAGGGGUCCACCUGUUCUUCUACAGCAUGGGCUUUUCAUGGAUGGCAUAACAUGGUUAUUGCUACCUUCAAAGCAGUCUCUUGCAUUUCUUUUGGCGGAUAAUGGGUUUGAUGUUUGGGUUGCUAACACACGUGGAACCAAAUAUAGCCGGCAACAUAUAACUUUACCUACUAAUAGCUCGGAUUACUGGAAUUGGUCAUGGGAUGAAUUAGUUGCAUAUGAUCUUCCAGCCACAUUCAAGUAUGUGCAUGAUCUAACUGGACAAAAACUGCACUAUGUUGGUCACUCACAGGGAACUUUGAUUGCAUUGGCUGCUUUUUCCCAAGACCAGUUAUUGAACAUAUUGAGAUCAGCUGCGUUGCUUAGCCCAAUUGCUUAUGUUGGUCAGAUGACUUCACCCCUUGCUAAAAACGCAGCUGAAAACUUCAUUGCAGAGUCACUGUACAACUUUGGAGUCUUCGAAUUUAAUAUGAGAGGGGUCUCUGUUAUAAAGUUUCUAAAGGACUUGUGCAAUAACACAGGCAUUGACUGCACCAACUUGUUGACCUCUUUCACUGGCCCAAAUUGCUGCCUCAACCCUUCCAUUGUAAAUGUAUUUUUGGAUCACGAGCCUCAGUCAACAGCAACAAAGAACAUGAUCCAUCUAUCUCAGAUGAUCAGAGAAGGAACCACAUUAAUGUUUGAUUACCAGAAUGAAGAUGAGAACAUAAAACACUAUGGACAACCCACUCCUCCAGCAUACGACAUGGCAAGGAUUCCAAAUGAGCUUCCUCUCUUCCUGAGUUAUGGAGGCGCUGAUGCUCUUUCUGAUGUUAAGGAUGUGCAACGUCUAUUAGAAAUUCUUAAAGAUCAUCGCCCAGAUAAGCUUGUAGUGCAGUACAGAAAUGAUUAUGCUCAUGCAGAUUAUGUUAUGGGUGAAAAUGCUUAUCGAGAUGUCUAUGAACCUCUUAUAUCUUUCUUUAGGCUCCAGCAGUGAUAUCUAGUGAAUUAUACAUCCUAUAGAAUUUUAUCAUCACCUGUCUACAUCAUAGAAUUUAAUAGCACAGAAAUGUCACCAUGUAAUUUUACCGAAUAUGAUAUCAGUAAAGGAAAUUCCUACAAUCUUGCUUUUUCUCCUAUAAUACCACAUUUUAUGGUAUUAAAAACAGAAAGAAAAAAAGAAGAAGAUGGUUUAUGAGCUUGGGACACCUGGUUUUUAGUGGGUUAGGAAUGGUGCAGCCUGUUAUCCCUCCACUGUCAACAGUAGGAAGUGUUCGCUGCUCUGUGAAACCAGCCUCACGCUAUGCCCUCCAUUUUAAGGAUCAGGAGACCAAAGCUUUAGCCCAAAUCCCAUGGCCCAGCUAUUGACUUGGAGUGGGCAAGCCAGCAUAUUGUGCAUUCAUCAACCCAACCAAGCAUAGCCAAGUCGUAUUCCAGCUCUUUAAUGCUCCUAUUUAGGUUACAAGCUAGCAUUACCCAGCUCAGCGAACAAACGCAAAUGUCAGAGAUUUAUAAAGCACGAUUCAUAUGAAAAUUUCUUCGAUGCGGGACUUGUUUCAGUCAUGGGGUAAAAUGUAAAGUGAUAUAAUAACUUACUUGAAUUGAAUCUACUUAAGAUCACUAGUAAAAUAGACGAGAAACAAAAUAAAAACUUCGAAGUGCACUUAACUUGGUGAUUGCCUUUU